UGCAUGAUUGGCAUGUCCAGGUGAAAAUGAUGAGUGAUCAGAAAUUGAAGUCAUCAUCCACCACCCCAUUCAUCAGAUGCUUUUGCCCGAAGGUUUGCAUAUUGUAGAGCCGCACGUCAGUUGUGACGUCACCUCAGCUUCUAUGCUUCCUGCUCAGCUCUCGCCUCCAUUGUCAAAUGGCCUGAGCAUGCCUCAGAUCCAGCUUGGCGUCUAUCUCACGUCAGGCAAUGAGACGGUGAGGGCUGUCAGGUGGGCUCUGGAGGCGGGGUAUCGAGGAAUCGACUCGGCUCAGAUGUACCACAACGAGCGCGAGGCAGCUCAAGCGAUUACCGAGUUCUUGGCCAGCGAGGGCAACAAGGACGGCCUGACGCGUGAAGAUAUACAUUUCACGUCGAAGCUGGCCUCUAAUUCCUCGUAUGAAGCGGUGCGCAGGUCUAUCAAGCAAUCUGUCAAGACUUGCGGAUUAGGCUAUAUUGACCUGUUUCUGCUUCACAGUCCGUAUGGCGGCAGGAAGGCCAGGCUGGAUAGCUGGCGUGCAGUCGAAGAUGCCGUGGACGAGGGCGAUAUUCGGAUUGGAGGGGUGAGCAACUACGGGGUGAAGCAUCUUCAGGAGUUGAUGGCCGCCAAACCACGCACCAUGCCUGCCGUCAACCAGAUUGAAAUCCACCCAUUCAACAACAGAUCAGACAUUGCGUCGUUCUGCCAGGACAACAACAUCCUGGUGGAGGCAUAUGCGCCGCUCGUGCGCGCAAUGAGGAUGAAGCAUCCGACGGUAGUGUCGCUCUCGUCAAAGUACGCAUGCACGCCUGCGCAACUGCUCGUCCGGUGGAGCGUGCAACACGGCUACGUGCCUCUUCCGAAGAGCGUCAAGAAGGCGCGGAUCAUGGAGAAUAGUGAGGUGGGAGGAUUCCAGAUUACGGACGAGGACAUGGCAGUCCUGGACGGGUUGGAUGAAUACCUAGUCACAGACUGGGAUCCCACCGACGCCGAGUGAAGGACGAGUCAAUGGUGUUGUGGUAUUGAAUAAUGAAGUAUAUACUAUAUACCUCCGUAGAGGAUGGACAUAAGCAGCGAAAAGUCUGAUAGCGAUGCCGGACGUCAGCAACGAUACGAAGAGAGCGUGGGAUGGUGGUCGGUAGGCAAGUUAGUGCGCAGAAGCAGGGCGUCAAGUAGUGGAUCGAGUCGUGUGCUUGAUCCUUCUUCAGUUCUUUUUCCAAGCCACAAUUCUCAUCUGUUUGUGCAUCCCAUCU